AUGGGAUCAACAUCAAGAGGUUCCUCAGAUGUGGAUUUCUCAUCCUAUCUCUAUGGCAACGCAGGUCAGAGUGAUGGCAUCUCAGAAGCUGAACUCACCCCAGCUGAUCUCAUCAACGACAUUGAGUACAAUGUAAAACAAAAAGAGAAUUAUGAAUUUGGGUUUGAUGUUGAUGAUUUUUUGCCAGUAGAACCGACAUCUAAAAGAGAAACUGGAGAGUAUUUAGGUGUAGAACUGUCACAGAAUUCUCAAAAUUCAGAUGAAAUUCCAUGUCGAUAUCAAUUGGAAUAUCCUCGAAUGAUACACAAGAGUGUUGUCAAGCCUGUAGCAGACUUCUUAAAAUGUGUUGAUACUUUGAAGGAUGGAGAGUAUGCUAUAAACAUUGAUAAAAACAAUGUAAAUUGUGAUGACAAUGUUGUAAAUGGCUUCAUUGGUAGUAUAAAUGAACAUGAUAUAAAUCAAAAUGAAGAAUGCAGUAUAAAUGCAAGCUGUCUAAAUGUUCAUCACACCAAUGGUAUAAUCACAGAUACUAGUGAUGUAAAUGCUGAAACCAGUGAUAUAAAUGCAGUUGCCAGUGAUAUAAAUGCUAAAACCAGUGGUGUAAUUACAGCUACUAGUGAUGUAAAUGCUGACACCAGUGGUAUAAUCACAGUUACUAGUGAUGUAAAUGCUGACACCAGUAGCAUAAUCACAGUUACUAGUAAUGUAAAUGUUGACACCAGUGAUAUAAAUGCAGUUGCCAGUGAUGUAAAUGCUGAAACCAGUGGUAUAAUAGAAGAUACUAGUAAUUCAAACACAGAAAUUGGUGUUAUAAAUGAAAAUAUCCAUGAUGUAAAUGCUGACACUUGUGUUACAAAUGCAAUCACCGGUGAUAUAAAUAUUGCUACUAGUCAUAAAAAUGAUAUAAAUUCAGAUGCCAAUGAUAUAACUGCUGCUGAUGAUGUAUAUACUAAUAAAGAUGAUGUAAUUGUUCUAAAUACAGAAACUCAUACAAAUAUUAUGAAAGAAAACAUACACCGAAUUUCAAUAGAUUCUGUUGACUCAGAAGUAAUGUAUCAUACUAUGGGAUUGCGCGAUCAGAGCAGGAACAAUAGUCGAACAAGCAGUCCAUCCCAGAAUGACAGUUUUGGCUCAUACGAUGACAAGGUGAUGGCAAGGAAAGAAAGUAUGAGUUCUAGUGAUGAGACAUCUAGCCAGUCAGCCCAACAUUCCGGUGCUGCUUUGGAAAAUGAAAGAAAAAUAAAAUGGAGACGGAAACGUAGAAUACCUAAUGGCACAUCGGGAGAAAAAGAUUCAAAUGCUGACCAUAGCAGUUCAUCGCUUGAAUCUGAAUCUGCAUUUACUCGUGUUACUCAUGGUGGAUCAGAUGUACCAAGGAAUGGUCGACUUGUUGAUUCUGGGAACAAAAAUAAAACUGAUGACACUCGCUCAAAUAUCAAAGGCUUGUCAUGCAAUUCAGAUCAUGAUCAGUCUAGGGAGUAUGAUGAAAAUAAACUCAAAGAUAGGGUGUCUGAUGAGAAUUCAGAUGCGCUUAGAGAUACUCAAGCUUCUUAUGUUAGUGACAUUUCACCAAUUAUAACUAAAAAAAUACCAUUACUCACAGAUAAAAAAGUUGAUGAGAAAAUUGAGCACAGCUUUAGAAGUGUCAGUCCCAUCAAUAUAGGACGAGAAGACACAAAUAAUAACAGACCAUUAACAGAUCACCCAACAAGAUUAUUCCCACCGGCUGUGUCUCUUGUGUUAGAAUCCUACAGAGUUAGAAGAGAAAAGUCCAAAGAAAGGAGCAUGACAAUUGGACCAGUAAAAAGUCUACCUUCAGUUGGUGGUCCAACAAAUCGUGUCAGUCCAAGUCAUGUCCGAGGAUGUAGAUCGCCAAUUGUUGAGGUUAUCAGGGGUGCUCUGACUUCUGGACGAUGUGAAUCCCCGUCACCAAGACUUAAGUAUGAGAAAGAUAAAUUCCAAUUGCCAUCAUUUUUUCAGUUUAAGGAAAUGAGACAACUCGGUUUAUUGCCACAGUAUGACAAGGAAAAUGCAUCUCCUGUUCAUGCAGUGAGGCAGAGAAGCAUUUCUCUAAGUAACCCUCGGAAAAUCAGCGUUACAGUAGGUGUGCAAACUGGAGAUGGCAAAGUGUUGAGUGACACAGAUGCUGUUAAAAGUAGUUCUGCACAAGUAUCAGCAAAAAAACAAAGGGAAGAAGGUGGUAUGCUGGACUCUGUUUUAAAAGAAAAAGUACAGAACAUUAGCAUGGAGGUUGAAGAUGUUUUCAGACAAAAGUACUUAGCUGAGGUUGAAUCUGAAAGGGAUAAUGAAAUUAAAAUAAAUAAAUCAGAGAACCUUGAUCAGUUGAAAUCUGAAAUGGAAGACUUAAGUAAAAUGAUACAAGAUGAUAGACCUAAAGAAAAAGAUAGAAUUUUGCUUGAGAGUGAAGUUAUUAUAGAAAAGAACAUCAAAGAAUGUGCGAUUCAAACAUUCAUGAUUGACAACAAGGAUUGUAUUGUUACUGAACGGGAUGGAAAUUGUGAUGCAGAACAGGAACACUUUCAUCAUCGACAUGUAGUGGAGUUAAAAGAUGCAGUUGUUGAUGAGAGUCUGUCGGUGCAUCUUCCUGUUACUAAAGUACUGCCAAUCAAUAGUGAGAAAGAAUUUCAUGAAUUCGAUGAGCAAGUUGAAAUUAAGAAAAAGGAAUACGAUACUGGUGAUAACAGGGAGGUUAGGGAUGUUUUAAGUAAUAUUGAGAUUGAACCAGAAAGUAAGAAAAGUGACAAUGAACUUGAAUUGAUAGGAGAGGAGGAAGUUGGUCAUAGGUCAGUAUCUGGUGACAGUACUGAGCUGUUGCUAGGCAACUAUAGGGAUGAUGUGAUGCUAGAGAAAGAACAUAAGGAAGGUGAUGCAAAUGAUGAUCCUGCUACUGGGAUAGUGAACGAUGCAUUGCCAGUUGAUGCUUUGCCAAAUGGAAUUGAUGCUGAGCAUUGUUCUAGUAAUGAUGAAUUGGAGGAUGAGGAAAAUGAUGAUUUCUAUGAUGAUGGAAGUCCACUGCAAUGUAAGUUUGAUUCAGAGAAAACUGCUAUCAGAAGACGACCAGCUAUAAAAGUCAAAUUUAAUUCAGUAGAUAAAGAGCAUCAUGAUGAAGAAAGCAGGAAUGGAGAGAUCUCCAGUGAGAGCUCAUCAGAUACUGAUACCGAGACAAGAAUUAAACAACAUUUAAUUGAGAAACCCAAACAGGAGUUCAAGAAUCGGAAAAGGAAGAUGAGUUGCGGACAAUUAAUUGCUGAACUACUCUUGACACAGCAGGAUCAAGACCAAGUUAGGGAAAAUAUUAAAUCUGUGAUGGAAAAACAGACCCCUCCAAGUAAACCAGCCAAGCUUAUCAGUAGACAACGCAAGUUUGGAUCCAUAGUCGCUCCAAAUAUAUUGCCACCAAUAAUGGAUGAGAAACCAACACCACCGAUGCCACGGAAGAAUAUUGAGAGGACUGACAGUGGUCUUGGGAUGGAGAAUGGUGAAUCGUUUAAGAAUGUGCUACUCGAAAGCACUAUUAGUUGUGAAGAUUGCAGCUCUGAUGUUGUAGUGGUUGGAGAACAAAUCAUGGGUGGUGAUAAUACCGUCUGUAACAAAUGUAAAAAAAGAAGACUAGAGCGGAAAGAGACAAUAUUGGAGAUUGUGCAGACUGAGAUUAGUUAUGGAGAUGACUUAAAAGUAAUACAAGAUCAGUUUUUUAUACCAAUGAAAUCAAAUGGUUUAUUAACUGAUGACCAGUUAGACUGUGUUUUCUUAAAUUUAGAGGAACUAAUCAAGUGCAAUGACAAAUUAGCUGAUAUUUUACAAGAUGCAAUGGAUGAUGCAGCUGAAGAUGGUGAUGAGGAUUACGUCACAAUGUCGGUUGGUCAUAUUUUUUUAGAAAACAUCAAUCUCUUUUUACCAUUUGAAGAAUUUUGUAUCAAUCAGGCUGUGGCAUCUGCAUUAUUGACAUCUUUAGAAGCUGAGAAGAGCUUACUCAGACUAUUUUUACAAGUAUCGCAGCAAGAGAAUAUAGAACUACGUAAACUACAUCUCAAAUCAUUCUUAAUGGGACCAGUGCAAAGAGUAAUGAAGUAUCCUCUACUUCUAAGUCGAUUAUACAAAACAACGCCUGAAGGUCACGAAGAUCUACCUAAAAUAAAAGAAGCUCAGCAGAAAAUAGAAGUAAUAUUAGACAAUAUAAAUAAGAAAUCUAAGACUGUUCCAGUGCUUGGAAAAGUGAAGCCUAAAUUACAGAAGAGAGGCUUCUCAUCAUUUUUACUGCCUUUUAAUACCAGUGUGACUGAGUUGAAAAAGUUAUCAUUGGAUACCUUGGGUUGGAAAAAAGACGAAGUCAAGUUUCUCAAGAGUUCUCGUCUACAAUGUGCACAGCCAACAGAUCAAUUAUGGGGCAGAGUUAAAAAAACAGAUUUGCAGUUUAAAGCCGUUCAUGUGCUUCUCGUAUUACAUGGAGAGGAAAUUAGUAAUUACCAAUGUGAUGAUGAAUCAGAUGAGGAGAGCAAAAGACCUGCGUUUCCUGGCAACACAGUUGUUAAACAAGCUGCCUUAGUCAUAUAUAAAGAUAGAACCAAUGAGAAGUUCUUAUUAUACAGGAAUCCACUUCUGCUGGACAGAUGUGUUGUUUCUUCUGAGAUUGGAACUGAUGAAAUGUUUGAAGUUGUGGAUAUGACUUCCAAUGAUGUAUUGGUGUUCAAGACUGAUGGUGCUAAGGAAUCUCAACUUUGGCUUCGGUUAAUUAAAAAUCAAGCCAAAAAUCUAGGUCACUGGAGAAGGAGAAGAAAUGCUAUGGCGAACAUUAUGAUUACUAGUAUGUCAAGAUCAUAGAAAAAUGUCACCAUAUAUGUUAUAUAACUUAGGGAUAGGCGUAUGCCCGCACAUCCCCUGCAAAAAACCCCAAAAAAACGAAAAUUCACGAAAAUUGACAAGACGCAGAUCGAACUGCGACAGGGGAUAGAAUGGCAAAAUAAAACCAUGCAACGGAAAUAAAUGAACAAUAUGCAACAUUAGAAGUACCGGUAUAACAAAAAUAAUUUAUUGCUUAUAAUGUGACAAAUAAACCAGAGACAAUAAAAAUCGACAGUGAGGAAUCAUUUAAAUAAAGAUUUUCCCACCACAAACACACCAACUACGCAUAUGGUAUAUUUAUGCUAAUUAAGGAUGACCUCAUAUGGCAAUUAUCAAACAAGAUUACUUGAAUGUCAAGAUAAUAGCACAGGAAGACCAUAUAUGGUAUAUUUAUGCUAAUUAAAGAUGACCUAAUGUGGCAAAAUCAAACAUUGUGUCCAUAUAUGGUAUAUUUAUGCUAAUUAAGGAUGACCUAAUAUGGCAAAGUAAAACAGGAUGUCAUGGUCGUAGUGCAGGGAGACCAUAUA